UAAAGAGGCAAAGCGGUUGAAAGGCGGUUGCGCAUGCGCAGUCGAAGCCUCGGGAGGGAGAGGGAAGAUGGACGAGCUUCAGUCUGCGGAGGAGACCGCGUUUAUUGUGGAUGAAGUAAGCAACAUCAUAAAAGAGGCCAUUGAAGGGACAAUAGGUGGAAAUGCAUAUCUGCACAGCAAAGUGAACCAAUGGACUACAAGUGUCGUAGAGCAAAUUCUAAGCCAGUUAACAAAACUGGGGAAACCAUUCAAAUAUGUUGUGACAUGUGUGAUUAUGCAAAAGAAUGGUGCUGGACUUCAUACAGCAAGCUCUUGCUUCUGGGAUACUACUGCUGAUGGAACCUGCACUGUGAGAUGGGAGAACAAGACUAUGUACUGUAUUGUCAGUGCCUUUGGACUUGCAAUAUGAUUGCCUUGGAACUCUUCAACCUUUGUGUCAUCACUUCCAUUUCAUAAAUCCACUGAAACUGUGAAUUCAAUGAACAGAUCUUGGUUUUUUUUUAAAUAAUUUCUUUCUUCCAGUGAGCAAAUGGGAGAGCAAUUUUUAUGCUGUUACAUAAACACAUUGUCCUUUGUCCAUAUCUAAAGCACUUCCUGUCUUAACACUUCAAGGACUCUUUCUCAAGGUGCUAAAACCUGAAACUUGCUGCACUUCUUCAGCUUUAUUGCAAUUGGUUUGAAUAAGACUAAUUUUCACACAAUAGCUUUGUUUAUUAAAUUAUUGAAGUUCUG